GGUGGUGUAUUGUUACAAUGACUACUGUUGGGUAUGGAGAUGUUGUGCCGGCAACUACAAUGGGUAAAAUAAUUGCUUCUGCCGCUAUAAUGAGUGGAGUGCUUGUAUUAGCUUUACCCAUCACAAUUAUUGUCGAUAAUUUUAUCAAAGUAGCUCAAGAGGAACAACAAACAGAACAAUUCAAAGCAGAAUUAUUAGCUAUGGAGGAACAGGAAAGACAAUUACAACAAGAGCAAGAACAAAGAAGAUUAAAAUUUAAUCAAUCACAAAAAGAAAUUUUAAUAAAUAAUAGGGAAGAAAAUAGAGGGAAUAAUGAAGAUAACCAAUUAAUUAGUGGAAAACAACCCUUAAUUUUUGUAUCAAAUGCUUAA